AUGCAAGAAUUUUUGCAAGUUGCACAUUUAUCUCCAAGCACAAAGCGUGAUGAAUCGGCGAGAAGACUACUUGAAAUGGAGAAAGUAAUUAAAUAUAAGGUUGAAGAAAUAAGUGGAAAGAUCUACGUCGAAGUUGAAUCUGAAACUACCCCGGGGUUUGUUUAUACAACAUGCGUAUAUGGACAGCCAACAGAUAUUUGCUGCCAAUGUUUUGACUUUCUUCAAACGGGUAUUAUAUGUAAGCACCUUCAUGCCGCAGCCCUUUAUAUUAAUAAACUUCGUAAACAAGAGCCAAAUAAACAUUUACCUAAAAUGAUUUUUCCGACUUAUCAAGAAGCUCAAAAUAUUUAUCAUAGUCAAUAUGAUGAUAAGUUGGAAGUACUAGUAGGUUCUGAGAACAAAGAUGAUAUUA